AUAACAAGAUUGUUCACGUGUUUGUCUUUGCCCACUUUCCUACAGAGUGAUAUAAAAGGUGCUUAAUCAAGAUAAUGACGGAUAUUGUAGGGGUACAGGGCAAAGUUUGCUCAAUAUUUACUGUGUGAACAUGAAUAGUUAUUUCAAGAAUUUGUUAUGCUAGGCCAAUAGAUGUCGCUGUAAUCACACCAACUUGAUUCUAUUGAGUUUCUAAUGCAGUUAAAAUGCUGUGCAGUGUGAAGAGAAGCUACUCAAACAAAGGCUGUGAAAGCUAAUAAGAAUGGUUAUUAAAAAAUAAAUGUGAAAAUAACAGAACACUUUUAAAAUCGAUACGUUAAUUGUUGAUAUUAGUACUAUAUAUUUAUAUAUUUUUUAUUAAAAAUCUGUCUAUAAACUGAUCUACACAUCCUUAUUAAAAUUGUGUCCAACUCUCUUUUGCAUCAAACCAGACAAUAUUCGACCUCUUUUUCUAGGUUGCUUAACAGGUGUCUCAGAUUUGCCGGUGGACGUGCACUAAUUGUUCUCGUAAGAUCCUUUACAUUUCAGGCAAUUGAAAUCACCCGGGUUUUUUGCGACACACUACACUGGUGUGGUGCUUAUGCAAAACCUUCUAAUCAAAUGGCGCUCAAAGACACGCAAACCCUGACGUGUUUACUUUUCAUUUUGUUUAAUUUAAUUGAAGUUAGUACUUGUGUAGCAUUCAACAAAAGACGAAGAACCCAUUCAGCCGGCUCUUUUAACAAAAAUGCGCGAGUGAUGGACUCAUUUGAUCGUGAAGAUAUCAAUGCAAAAUCUGUAGCGCAAAUUGGGCGUCUCAUUAUUGGGGAAAAACGAAGUACAAAUAAGAAAGGUGACGGUGACCGUCUUUCUUCAGACGUCAGUUCUUUCGAUCGGCCCUGCAACAAGAACGGAUCUCGAUCAGGUAAUGCAGGUCAUUUCUAUGUGAUUAUUUUAAAAUCCAAAUUCAAAAUUGACAGAUUAACAACUCAUAUCUUUUUAUUUAAUGUUUUGGAUUUUUUUACUACUUUAAUUGUUUCUUUAAAAACUAUUAAUAAAAUGUAUAAUUGAUUUGCAAAUGCUUUAAUGGGCUUACUUCAUUAAUGAGAAGCCUAGUCAAAGUGAUUUUGCUUUUAACAGGGUAUUGACACCCAAAAAUGUAUUAUAAAUAUGAAUGUAUAUAAUUUACUCACCCUCCAGUCAUUUCAAAUAGGCCUAUGUAUCACUUAACACGAAUUAAGAUAUUUUUGAAAACUUUGGUAGUCAAUAUUUUCCCCAUUUACUUUUUCUAUAUGGAAACAAAACCACAGAGAUGUUUCCUAAAAUUUCCUAAAAUAUAUGUUCUACACAUAAAAAGAGUCAUAAAUAAACCAUGCACAUGCACAAUAUUUUUUUUAUUCAUUUUGAAAUAAAUUAUCCCUUUAAUUUCAACAUACCUGACUCAAAGCAGGUGACUGGAUUACAUUUCCUUUCUGUGAUCCAUCCUUUUAUGAACUUUGGACAGUGUGUUUAAUAAUGACUUUAAUUUCUUGUUGAAACCCUUCACACAGCUUAUUUUUGACAAGAUUUGCAACUGCAAUUUGUUCAUGCUCCUGUUAAAGGGAAAAUUAGUUCCUCUGUUGACCAAUAACUAUAAAUCUACUUUUAGAUAAAUUAAUGGUACUUUGGAGGUAAGCUCAGAACAUCGUUCCUUAUGGUGAUUUAUAUAAAAUUACAUUGUCUCAUUUACCUUUGUACUGUCUGACCAAAGGCUGGGUGAAUCUGCAACCACUUUGGGGACAGGUUUAUGGUCAGAACACCCUGUAUACGCCAGCAGUAGAAGAGCUACUUGGAAUGAAACCCAAAGUUGAUUGUGUUGGCGAUUUGAUGAAACUGACAAUUCACGGCAAAAAUGCUCCCUUUGGCUCCAACUUUCUCAUUGAUCGAGGAAGCAUUUCACCACUUCCAUUAUCACAGUUACCUUCAGAAUGUGGCCAUAAACUGCUUAGAACAUGGAGGGACUUUGUUUUUGUCAUACCUUAUGAUGGAUGUUACGUGUCACAUGAGAGAAACAUGCACAUUCUUCCCUUACUCUGGUGGGGAUUGCCUAUAAGAAUGUCUUGUUCUUCAUUGACCUUAGCUCAAAGUAGCCCACAUGUGUCUUGUUACAAUUUCGGUAUGAUUGUGAAGAUACAAAGGAAUGCAACUGUUAAUCUGAUGGUCAAAGUGAUGAACGAAUGGCAUCCUCUAAGGAAAGCAUCAGCUAAAUGUGGCUACAGCUUGGUGUCACAUCCAGAAGGCAUUGUCAUCCAUGCCCCAUAUAUGCCAUGCACAGAGGCAAGGGAUGGGAUUUUCACCCUCACCAUGGCAACAGAGAGGGAGUUUAAUCUGUCCUGUCCAGCUUUGUCACUUAGUCUUCCGAUAACCGAGUCCGAUCGUCCAUCCAAACAUGAUACUUCCAUUUCCAGUUCUCUUCUUUCAUCAACGCUCACUCCAAUCACCAUCGCUAGUGUUGAAACCACUAAGCCAACAAAGAGUCAAACAACCUCCACAAGUUCAACCAUGCAGAAAUUGAUUCCGGCUCCACUCCCGUACCAAAUCCCUGGACACCGAUAUUUUCAACCAGUUUCCCCCUUACACCUUUUUCUACUUUUUCAUCCAAAUGUGCCUCCAACAGUUGCUCCUCAGGUUGUUGUUACCCCAUUGCCUAUUACCCAAGGGCCACAAAAACCUGUUUACCCCAAACCCUGUCACCCAAAACCACCUCAAACUUGGUACCCGUGGUACCCUUGGCCCAAUUUGGUUCCUGCCCCUGAUCCCACUCAAAAUUUACCCAUUCUGCCUCCAAGAGAAUCUUUGUUGAUGACAACUGAGGUUCCUAAAACCUCUCUUAAUCCCUUAGCUUAUCUGCUAAAACCUAGAAGUUUUCCUCUUCAAGGUGAAACCACUCGAGGGAAACCUCCUGUGCCCUUGUAUCCUCCUGGCGAAUUGUUGUAUCCUUUCUAUUCUGGAAAACCUGGAUUUGACACCACCUCUGUGGCCUUGGGUCAAGUCCCCAAAUGGCUUUAUCCCUCCCAACCACAACAAAGACCUGACGAGCCCCCGCAAUUGAAUCCCUCUGAGCAACUUGCUUCACCUAAACCAGAGUUGGCAACGGCCACAUCUGCCACUACAAGAAAGGUGGAACCACUUCAACUCCUCAACAUCCCACGGUACAAACCCUUCGUACGGUACAAACCCUUAACACAACAACAUUUAGAGAUGCCGUCAAAAGUCCCUCAUGGUACUGAAGCAUUCGCUCCAGAUCCACAACCUUCCAUGCAUCGAGACAACUCCGAUACUAGGGCUCCUCCUCUAAACAUGCAUUUUGAUUUGUCCCAUGCACUUUCUUUUAACUGUCAAACUUUUUGCCCUGGACCCCAUUCAAUAUCCUACCACCAUCACAACCACCAACAUUUUGCUCAUCCUCAUCCUGUGCCGUAUCUGAGCACUUCUAGUCAUGCUAAAUUAACAGAAGAAAUUCAGUCCUCUCCCGCUCGGCCUCCUGGUUCUGCCCCGUUUCCCUUUAUUCAGGGCAUGGGUUAUAAUUAUAGACCAUAUUUUUCAAAAGUUGAAGCUUUACCACCAGUGACGCAAUAUGUGGCACCUACUGAAAGUCCCUUCAUCAAGCCUACCCGUGCUCCUGAACGUGAGCCUUUGAAAAGACCGACUAAAUGUCCUUGUAUUUUUAGAACAUUGAAAUCUAAUUCGGUCUCUUCUCAGUCUGCAAUGAAACCUGCAAAUAUUCCUCAUUUUGUACUCCCUUGGCCUACCAAACCGCUUUCUAGAUCUUUACAGAAUGCACCAAUUGCGGAGUCUGUUGCCCAUUCAGAUCAAAGCCCAACACCUACCCUUUACCAGGCUGAAAUGCAGCAUUAUAUUUCCCAAUGGAGACAACACAAUCCAGCGUUUAUCACUCCUAACAGUGCUGGACCAUUUUCACAGAGCCAGAAUGAAGUUUCUUUAAAACCCACAUCAUCCCCAGCUGAUGACAAAAGCUUUUCCAAUAAUUACUGGUAUCAAGCUGCUUCAUAUCCAAGGCUCCCCAUGUCUGAUGCACCUGUAGAAGUCUCAAAGCAAGCAUCUAUAAAUAAUGAUCAUAAUUCACUGCAGUCAACCACAACCUCUCAACCCAAGCAUACUCGAGAUGUGGACCCGCUGAUCCAGCUGAAUGUUCAUCCCUCAAUGCAGAUUCGUGACUCUGUGCCAGUGAACACUCAGCUGAAUGAGCCUCAAAAUGGAAAACCUUCAGGUCCUAUUUUUGGAGACCCAGACCCAUUUGGCAGCUACUGGUUUCCUGCCGUUCUGUCAAACCAGAAAACUGUGCAUUCUACCCAUUACCCAGAUGGUUCUUUGAGGGCUCCAGUCCGGUUUUUCCUAGGGCACACGGAAAGAAUGAAGGAGCGCUAAAUAAUAAAAGUAUAUAAGUGAACUGAACUGUUUUUGACGUUUUUUGAAGAAUGCCCAUUUGUUUUAAAAAGAAUGUAAGCAUGCUUAUUUUUAACUUUGUAUUGUAUAACACACACACAUACAUAUGAUUAGUUGUUUUUCCCCAAUUAGUUAUCUUGCCUACAUUAAAUUGUUUGCGUUAAAGGCACCCACACGCUACAGAUGUGCUUAUCUUUAUAGUUGUAUGAAUUGGCAGAUUUUCCUGUGGUGUGAGGGGAUAAGUGUGAUCAAAUCUGCUAAGAAAAUGUCAGGGCCACACAAAUCUCUUAACUGUUAAUGUUCAAUUUCAAGGAUCAGAAAUUCUUUGUGGCCAGUACUCCAAGGGCGAAAUUUGUGCGUACUGUUGCAAUUUAUUCUUUUAGUGUGUGAUGUGCUGUCUUGAUCACAACAUUGUAUUCCACACACUAUAGGAAUUAAACCGUUAAAUUGAUUAUUUGUUAUCGCCAUGUUAGUGGUCUCAGAGUGUGAAAAUUUAAUGAGCAAAUCUUUUAGUGUGGGCCAAACUUAAGCCAGUCACAACAGUGUCAAUACUCUUAUUCUUUCCAGUGUUGAUUCAGCUUCAUACCAGUUCUUAUUAAACCUAAAUUUUGAUGUAUAGACCAUUUCAUCGGCUGCAGGUUCCUGGCCCAAAGUUAACUUUCAGUCUUUGUUUGGUUAUAACAAUUUUAUUUUGACUUAUUAUUUUGUGUUAUUACUUCUACAUCUAUAGUGGAGUUUGGGCUCCUUGCCACCGUUGCCUCUGGCUUACUCACUGGGAGCCUGCCGAUUUAGUUUAAUCCAUAAAUAUAAAUGACUUUCGUUUAACAACACACAUGCACGUUAACAUAUUUGAACAAAUAUAUUUUUUCUGCAUGUUUUGGUGUAAUAAUUGCAAAUUGUUGUGGUUUAUUGUAAUUUUAGUCAUUUUGUAUAAAGUCAUUUUUAGGCUCCCAGUCCUAAUAUCAAUAUUUAAAAUAAUAAUAUACCUAAAUUAACUGUACUUUGAAUAAUUUACAGGUUCUGACACCGAUAUCAGUGUAAAUUGCAUAGAGAAAAACUUGCAAUAAUAGCGUGUAUCUUAAUACCGUAUAUUCUCUUGAAUUUUGAGUAUUAAGUUCAAUUAAAACUACUCGACAGUUAUUGAUUCUGUCAUGCAGAGGUCUACUGGAAGAUUGGGGUGUAUAAUGUUUGUUGUUUGUGCUGAAACCUAUGUCUUUAUAUUUGACAAUUGUUUACUUGGUUCAGCUUGUAUUUAGUUAUCUAAAUCAAGUUUUUAGUAUCCGGUUACCAUUUGUUGUUCUAUUAUAGAAUCAAAGGUUAGUAAAUCUAUCGCCCAAUCACUUGCUAAACAUUAAGAAGCUGCUUUCUGGACGGUAAUUAAUUUAAACCAAGACCGGCAUCUAAACUCCCCGUAAGAGGAUAAAUGGUUGUCAUUGUAAAUUGCUGUAGAUAAAACAACCCAAAAAUUCAAUUGGAGGACAAAACCAAUCAAAUUUUUUGUUGAAUGUCAAAGAUGUCACCACUGUUUUACCAUGUUGACAUCUUGUGAAAGUAUGUGAGCAUUCAGAGGUCUACUCACAAAUCCAGAAUCAAGGAUAAUAAUGGCUAGAAAUUUGGUACCUAAAACAAAAUGAGUGUGUUGAAAGCUGUGUAUGACUCCAUACAAUACUUGUCCUCACCAGUCUUUGAAAACCGCAUAGAGUGUAAAUCCUGAUUGAACAAGCAAAACAUUUUAUUACAUCUUCACAGAUACAUCAUUCUUUAACAUGAUGUAACAGUUCUGACAGAAAUAAUACAUCAGAACUGUUAAAUACAUUUACCUGCUUUGAUAUAAAAAUAUGCCCCUGACAGAUUGCAGUUACAAGUUUAGUAAGCAGCUAUCUUUACCCAGUGUGCCUCAGUGUUGUUAUCUAAUUAGGUGAGUUCACUGAACUUCAGCAGGUGCGAAAUGCUUCUUUUUUCCAGGACAGCUAGGCACAAGGGCUACUGG